AUGACAACCCUAAGAGAUGAUAUCCAAUUCCUUAAAAAGGAUGAUAUAAAAAAUAUUGAUUUAAAUGGGAUGAGUAAAAAAGAAAGAUAUGAUAUAUGGAAAAGAAUCCCAAAGGUUGAAUUACAUUGCCAUUUAGAUUUAACUUUUUCCGGAGAGUUUUUUUUAAAAUGGAUUCGAAAAUAUAAUUUACAACCCAACAUGUCUGAUGAAGAAGUCCUUGAACAUUAUCUAUUUACAAAAGAAGGUAGUUCUUUAGCUGAAUUUAUCAGAAAAGCAAUUAGUGUUUCUGAUAUAUAUAGAGAUUAUGAAAUUUUAGAAGAUUUAGCUAAAUCUGCAGUUAUAGAAAAAUAUAAAGAAGGUGUUGUUUUAAUGGAGUUCCGUUAUUCUCCAACAUUUGUUUCAUCAAUGCAUGGAUUAGAUGUAGAAUUGAUUCACAAAGCAUUUGUUCAAGGUAUUAAAAAUGCUACAGAUAUGUUAGAUAAUAAAAUACAUGUUGCAUUAAUAUGUAUUAGUGACACUGGUCAUGCAGCUGCAAGUAUUAAACAUUCUGGAGACUUUGCAAUUAAACAUAAACACGAUUUUGUUGGAUUUGAUCAUGGUGGUCGUGAAAUCGAUUUAAAGGAUCAUAAAGAAGUUUAUCAUGCUGUAAGGGAUCAAGGUUUACAUCUAACUGUACAUGCAGGAGAAGACGCAACAUUACCAAAUUUAAAUACUUUAUAUACAGCAAUUAAUAUUUUAAAUGUAGAAAGAAUUGGUCAUGGUAUAAGAGUUUCUGAAUCACAAGAACUUAUCGAUUUAGUUAAAAAAAAUAAUAUUUUAUUAGAAGUAUGCCCUAUAUCUAACCUUUUAUUAAAUAAUGUUAAAUCUAUGGAUACACAUCCCAUUAGACAACUUUAUGAUGCAGGUGUUAAAGUAUCUGUAAAUUCAGAUGAUCCUGGAAUGUUUUUAACAGAUAUAAAUGAUAAUUAUGAUAGAUUGUUUGUACAUCUAAAAUUUACUUUAGAAGAAUUUUUGACUAUGAACCAAUGGGCUCUUGAAAAAUCAUUUGUUAGUGAUGACAUUAAAAAUAAAAUUAAAAGUUUGUACUUUUAA